AUGCAUGACGAACACCCCCAUCCCCUCCUCGCCCAAGUCCCCCUAACCCUCUCCCCAUUCCUCUCCCUACCCACCGCAACGCCCCUCCCCUACUCCUACAAAACCCUCCCCUCCACACUCCCACCCAGCAUUCUCUCUUCACCCCCCUCAAACUCCUCCUCAGACCCCCAACAACCCCAACAACCACCCGCGUACGUAACCUCCGCAACCGGUACAUCAGCCACGCCCGACCAAAUCCUCACCUCCUGCAUCGCGCUGCAGGAGCACCUCCGCAAAAUGGAAGAGGAUGCGAGAAGAACAUUGCGGGAGUGGGAGGAAAGGAGACAAAGAGAGGAUUUGGAGGAGAAGAGGAGGGUUGCGCCCGGGUGGUUGGAUAGCGGUGUUCAUAUUAUUAAGCCUGAGGAGGGGAGUACGGGGCAGACGGCGGGUGGGAAUACAGGGCAAGGACAAGGACAAGGACAGCAGCAGCAGCAGGAGAGUUUAAUGGACUUGGAUCCGCAGGCGGAGCGCAAGGCCAAGGAGGGCGAGGAGUUGGAUAGGGUGUUUGGGGGGUUGCAAGUCUGA